UCUCCUCCCCAGCCUGGUGCCAUGGCGGACACGAUUUUUGGCAGCGGGACGGGCCAGUGGGUGUGCCCCAACGACCGGCAGCUGGCACUGCGUGCCAAGCUCCAGACAGGCUGGUCAGUGCACACGUUCCAGACUGAGAAGCAGAGGAAGAUGCAGGCUCUGAGCCCGCAGGAACUUGAGGUCAUUCUGGAAGUCAUCCGCAAGGCGGAGAAAUUGGACAUCAUUGAGCAGCAGCGCAUCGGGCGCCUGGUGGAGCGGUUGGAGAACAUGAGAAAGAACGCGAUGGGGAAUGGCCUCUCCCAAUGUCUGCUCUGUGGUGAACUGCUCGGGCUGCUGGGCAGCACGUCAGUCUUUUGUCAGGAUUGCAAAAAGAAAGUUUGCACCAAGUGUGGAAUAGAAACCUUUGGAACCCAGAAACGUCCUCUUUGGUUGUGCAAGAUCUGCAGUGAACAGAGAGAGGUUUGGAAGAGGUCUGGUGCGUGGUUCUACAAAGGGCUGCCCAAGUACAUCACGCCUUUGAAGAGCAGCAGCAAAUCCAGUGAGCUGCCCUCACAGACUUGGCAAAGCGAGCCAGCCGUGCCGGAGGCAGAGAGUGUUGGGACCAGCCGAUCCUUCACCUGGGCCAGGGGAAAAGUGGUUUCUAGCGACAGUGAGAGCGACUCAGAGUUCAGUUCCUCCAGCCUGGAUGACAAGCCCUUACCUGUGGGGUCAAAAGGCUCACAAGGCAGAAAGCACCGAGCACGACUGGCACCCAUUGGGGAACCUAGCCAGGCCAUGAGCAGGGCGCUGGAGAGCACCCACUCCCCUGCCCUCUCAGGGAGCCACAGCAGCCUGGGCAGUGAGCAGGGGGCUGCCCUCAGCGCCACGGAGAGCUGCCAGAGUGACCAGCCAGCGGACGGACGCAACAGUGAUGUUGGCAGCAGAGUCCCCGGCAAACGAUACUUCCACACCAGAACAUGAUGCUGAUGAAGGUGAAGAUGGAGUUGCUCUGCCU